AUUCGGUUCCUGCCAUAUCUUUGUCCCAUAUCGCUUGCCGUAGUCUCAUACAAGCAGAUGUACGUGCAUGAGAAUUCCUGUGCGUAUCACAAAAGCUGCCACACCGUGGUGUCACGUCUAUCUCUACCCGCCACUGGAAAUGCAUUGUGUGGUGUCGUGGGGAGGGACACUGAUUUGCCUCUCACAAGACAAGCGAAAUAGUCGCUAGAUUCGGCCAGAUUGAGCCUGAAAAGUCGCUAAGUCGCUAGAUGAUUUUUUUUGUCGCCAGAGGUGGCCAAAAGUCGCUAAAUCUAGCGACAAAGUCGCUAAAUUGGCAACACUGGUUCAGUGAAGGAGAGGAGGAGGGGGGCAUUCUUACUUUGCCUGUGUGCUUCUCUUGUCCAAACAUAUCAACUUAACUCAUUUUGCCUAGUAAUGUUAUUUAUUUAACAGCAGCACACAUGAAAAAAAAGCUCAAUUACAAGCUGCUUUUAACAAAAAAAGUGUGCCUUCGUCUCUGCCACGUUACUUUUGGACGUUACUUUUAGACGUUACUUUUAAGUGAUACACCAUGGUAAAGUCUGUUUUUUAUUAGGACAUAUCAGAAGGAAUCAAAAUAAUAUUAUUUCGGGCUUGGCUCCCUUCCCAGCAAGGAGAGUAGAGACAGGAGGGCUUACUGAGAGACAGGAAAAGAGACAGGAGGGCUUACUGACGUCAUAACAGGGUAGUACGAAAUGAUGGCGAGGGGAGUACGGAAAUUUGAUUCUUCUUCUACGGUCAGUAUUGGAACAGGGUUUCCGCCACAUUCAUUUCACCGUGGCGGGCCGCCACGCCUUCGCUAUGCCCCGCCAUCCCUCGGAAAAAUUCGGAGUCCUGUCAGGGUUCUAGCAAGCGCAAACUUGCGUUGGGCUAAGGCCCGUUACGCUAUGAUUUUGGACCGCUUACAGAGUAACGGCGUCCUGUCUGUAUUUAUUUGUACAAUAAAGACAGAUCAAUGUCAGUGGGCUAUCGCCCUUCUGCCAAACUUGACACUUUUCCGUGGAUUCUUGACGGUUUUUAGUCAUCUCUGUGAGCGCUGCGUUAGAUUUCAGCGAUAUCUCUCAGCGCUACACAGGGUCGGAACGGCAUGAGUUAUGUCCAAAAGUAGCCUAUAGCCUAAUUUGUGUUUGCUAAAAGCCAUCACUGUAAAACUAGUUCACAAUUAAAAGCAAAUAGAAAGGAAAUAUGCUGCUUUUUAUUGAGCUAUCCUACUGCAUAAAGUUCCUUGAUCUGCCAUCAUGUUACACGCGCUAAGAAACAUCAUCCAAAGAUAGAGAGAACUGUUAACCAUGCGUGCCCACUUCGGGUAGUUCCAAAUGUCGAAGUUGUUAUAAGCCUAAGCUCUCUGCGUGGCUAAGCAGUGAUACUUGUGAUUUAUUAUGUAACAGGUUGGACUAGGUCCCCUGUUAGUGUGCAUGUUAUAAUUGAAAACAGCUGCCCGUGUGGGCGAGGGUGGAGCCCUUCCGGUUAGUAUAAAUUGCCUACUAUGUUGUCUGUUAGCCAGGUGUGGCUAACCUCAGUACCGGUUGGCGCUUGGGGAAGCCCUGUACGCUGGGUGAGGUAGGUGAUGUUGGCGUGUUGGGUGUUGGACCCACACUGGAGCGCGUAGAGCGCAGCUGAAAUGCGGACGCCAGGUUGCCGCAUGUAGCCUAACCGGCUCGAAGGUAAGCCCUUCUGUGUGCACCUGGCGAUAGCCAAUUAUGUUUGUACUGUGGCUAACGAGAUGUUGUUUCACUGCAGCAUUGCAUGGUGAAGCAAGGGUCAACCGUAGACUUCCAAGCUCGGUCCAGUGCUUCCCAAUUGCAACUGAAGGUAAUUUCUAAUUAACCGUCACUCUGUGCCUGUGGCUUUCAUGCCACACCUUGCUCAUUGAUAAUGGCAUUUCCCUGGCAUUAACCCAGUCUGUCUUGUGCUUUCUAGGUUGAGCACAUUAUUGUCAAUUGGCUGGGGUGGGGGGACGCCGCCGUCUUUUCCCGGUGUUUGUGUUUGUUAUUUUGCCUUUUACCACCACGAGCUCUUUUAGUAGUGGCAGGUUGUUGUUCCUUUGCGCAGGUGCGCGACGCUUUCGUCUUUCAGCCAUACGGUCUGACACGGUCAGCUCCAGUCACCCACCCCUUAGACAAGGGAUGAGUGAUUGGGGACUGGCCGGUUGAGAUUUGUAGCAGUAUCGUGUAAACUUAUUGGUGAGGUGUAGAUCCCCUGAGUGGUAUAGUAAACUCUCUGCCAAGAGGCCUGAUUUGAUAAACAUAGGCUACCUCUUCACUGUGAAUCAUUUCAGUGUGCUGUGACUUAUUUUGUUUAUUUUGAUUAUGUUUUGUGUGUACAGUUUUGAUUGAUUGCAGUGUUAUUUUGCAUUCGCAGUGCAGUGUGUAGUUAACACACUCAGUAAAUUACCUGUACUAGGCCUACUCAGUGCUCUCGCACUUAAGCCGUCACCGUUUCACGAUAUGUACCUGUAUUGACUUCAGUCGAGUUAAGACUCUGUUUGUGUAUGGACUCAAGUGAACUGCCUGCUCAUUUUGGAAACGAAUAAGACUGAAAGCAGAAGAAAAUAAAAACUAUUGUAUGUGCAACAGCUGUGUCAUCCUUGUCAUCUAGAACCUGUCGGGGAAAAUUGUAUUGUUAACAUCUGGGUUGUCUCACCCUUAACGAGACUGGCGUAGUCACCUUUUAAAACCUAAUUACUUAAAAAGCUAGUAAUCCUACCAACCUCCACUCUGCUAGAAUUAUAAAAUAAAAAAGGGAGAACCGCAACAAACGCGUUCAAAGUUUAACCCUCUGAGGUCUAAGGCUUUUCAGAGGCUUUUAGACUGCUUGCACCACCCUAACAUUUUCAAGUAUUUUCAUUUUAAAUAUAUCACUGAUUCUUGAGAAAGCGGCUAAAACAUGUCUCUGCAAUAAACUGCCAAUUCUGUUGAAAAUAAACUACAUUUCCAUGAACAAAAUGAAUCCAGGUAAAGACACAGGGGUCUGUUACAUAAAUGUACAGUCGUUUGAAAUAUUUAAGUGUAAUUUUAUUACUUUUCAUGGCUAUAAACCUGCCCACACCCUGUAAAAACAGCUGUCCCAAGGACAGACAUCAUCAUUUCAAUUGACUUAAAAUGUAAAAAUCACUGAUAUUAUUGAAUAAUAUCACCAUGAUGUGUAAGUCCAUAUUGAAGUGGUUCUGCAGAUAUGCACAUAGUGUGUGUUAAGCAAUAUUUACUACUAUUUUCUGAUUGCUCAAAGUGUGUCCAGCAUAUUAGUCACCACCGUCAGAUUUUUUUUAAAAGACAAUAAAAUCAGGUAUGCGCAAGGUCAUUGUCAUUACUUAGGACACCUUUUCAAACCUUUAGAUCUACCGAGUACUUCACCAUCACUGAAGCUCCUGUAAGUUUACUAAUUUCUCCUCAAUUUGAUCAUUUGUUUGGACACUGGUACUGUCCCAACCAUAAACUGUCAACACCGUCGAGAGUUUUAAUAGUAUUAUUGUUACAUUAAUGUUAAUUAUAUAUACUUUUUCAGAAGCGUCAUGAAGCCCCUAAGAAACAGAGCGAAAACGAAGUGGCUAAUGUGAGCAAAAAAUGCACAAUAUGUAAAAGAGUGUUUUUUUGUCUCACACCGUCAGAUGUCACCACCGUCAGAUUUUGUUCCGCUCAUCAUCUUGUUCCAUAUUUUACUAAAUUGUGCUGGUUAAUGAAACAUUACCAGACAUAUUAGUAAUAAUUGUGACCCAAACUUAUACUCCAGCCUCCACUGAGGUGCAUUUGGAGGGUUUUUUGUCACAAAACCUGACGGUGGUGACAUCUGAUGUAGUUCACAAAAAAGCAUGUGUUUUACAUGUUUUUGACAAGUUUUAAGAAUAUGCUUCCAAUAACUAUCUACAAUUAUGUUGAAUUGUAAAAGUAAUUCACUUAAAUACAGUAAACUUAUUUUUUUUACUUCUAAUUCUGUCUGACGCUGGUGACAAAACCAAGAAAGAGCCCAUUUUAUGAAAAAUGUAAAACAUGGGGAGCUUGGCCAAUACAUUCACUGCACAGCCAAGACGUUCAUCUAUGAUAAUACACCUCUAUAUUUUGGAUUUGAACAACUUAAAACCUGUUUAUGCCACAUUUUCAAUAAUCUACACCUACAUCCUAGAGUAUCUAACAAAUGAAGAAAAAACACAUGCACAAUCAUACUGUGCACACACAAAAAUAAAGUGUUUAUGCUAGAUGUCAUUGACUUGAGAGGGUUAUUUAUUUUGCUAAAUGUAGGUAAUAAUUAGGUCACUUUCACCACCUUCAGAUUACUGUCACCACCGUCAGUUCUUAAGUCACCACCGUAAGAAGGAGUUUUGGACAUUUUAAAUGAAUGUGCUUACAAAAUUUUCCUUUGUAGUUGUUGAAUUAUCAAAGUAAUAGCAAAUUUAAGCCUACACAAAUAUUUGUGAAAUUACAAAAAAUUGUUUGAUCUAUUUAGCCAUUAAGUAAGCAUUGUCUGACAGCACAUAUUUUUAAAUUAGAACACAUGAAGCAGUAUUAAAAUAGAAUGAAAGUGAAUUUUCAACAUUUAAAGGCGUAUGUGUGAACCAAAAAACACAAACAAUCACUUAAAAACUCCAGAUACAUAUGCAACCAAAUCAAUACACUUUUUAUUGCUUUUAAUUGUGUCUGACGGUGUUGACAAAAAACAAGGUAUGAUCGGAGAAAAACCUGAUUUCUGAAAAAAAAUGGAAAAUGGGGAGAUUGGCCUUGUGCAUUUCUGAAAAGCCAAGACCUUUGUCUACGAGGAUAUACCAUAUUAUUUUGUAAUUCACUUCGUUUUUUUCUUUCAAGAUUACAACCUGUUUUAGCCACUUUCUCAAGAAUCAGUGGUAUACAAUUGGGACCUGGAAGGUCUGAGGUUUCUAAUGGUGUGACUUAUAUGUUUCUAGACACAUUGCCCUCUGAAGGGCACUCGGACCUCAGAGGGUUAAGGGUCGGAAAUGGCACCUUGGGUGGCACGCGACGGCAUGAGUUAUGUCCAAAAGUAGCCUAUAAUGUGUGUUUACUAAAAGUCAUCACUGUAAAACUAGUUCACAAUUAAAAGCAAAGAACUAGGCCUAUUUGAUUUCCUCCAUUUACUUAAGACCUGAUGUAAAGCAGGAGGAAUUUUCUACCAAAGACAAGAAAUGUGGCGUGAAAUUUUAGCCAUUGAGCUACUGCGUAAAGUUCCUUGAUCUGCCAUCAUGUUACGUGCGCUAAGAAACAUCAUCCAAUUCUGACCGAGAGAACUGUUAACCAUGCGUGCCCAAUUCGGAUUGUUCCAAAUGUCGAAGUUGUUAUAAGCCUAAGCUCUCUGCGUUGCUAAGCAGUGAUAGUCUUGAGUUAUUAAAAGGAGAGAACCGCAACAAACGACACAUUGCGUUCAAAGUUUAAAGAAAGAAAAAUCAGCGUGCUGCCACAGCGUUUAGGCAACGUUAAAUGAUAAUAGGCUACAUAUGUGGGUCUUGAUAUGACAAAAUGAUGUCCAUAUGCUUCAUCAUUGAAAAUAACCGUUCAGUAAAACGUGUUCACUCGUUCCGACUGUCCUGCUUAAUUCUGUUAUAGCUUCUGCAGUGCAGACAAGUGUCAUCCAAAAAUCCUAUUAGCCUAUUCCCCCUUGUGUCCGUGCACAAAGCAAAACGCUGUGUCUCUCAAAAUCUGUUGUUCAUUUAACAUAAAAUAACGGUAUCUUUGCACGUCCUUCCAUCGGUCUAGUAAAGUUUUUGACUUUCGGCGUCCCUCUCGCUGUUAUCCACAUGCGUUUAAAAUUAACACUUGAAGCGCCGCGGCAACAGGGACUGUAGGCUUCAGUAGCUAUUGAAUUGGGCUUUUGGCCUGAACAUCUACCAUUGAAAACACUGAAAUAUGAGAGAUAUAAUACAUUUGCACAGUCAACAUGCAACAUUUAAAUGUAGGCCUGAAAUAACUGGCUAUGGUGUGCUUUUGAUUUGGCUUGACACGGAUGACGGUUGACUCAACACCGUCUCAGUCACCACCAAAGAGGCUUGAGACAAGAGGGCUUACUCAAGUCAUAACAGCGUAGUACGAAAUGAUGGCGAGGGGAGUACGGAAAUGUUACUCUUCUUCUACGGUCAGUAUUGGAAGCAUCAGGAAAGCAUGUAAUGCCACUUGACCGCCCUGGUAAGAAACCAAAAACUGUUUAGAGAAGCUAGUCUAAUUUGCUUCACGGAAACAUGGCUAACUAGUCUCACGCCUACUUCUAAUGUGGAUAUACCGGGCUUCAGCGUAGUUAGACUGGACAGAGACAAUGCACUUUCCGGGAAAAAGAAAGGAGGUGGACUGAUCAUGUACAUCAAUAACAAGUUUUGUCAUCCCGGACAUGUAACGGUGAAGGAAACAGUGUGUAGUAAAGAUGUGGAGCUACUGGCCGUCAGUUUACGCCCUUACUACACUCCAAGAGAAUUUUCACACUGUAUAAUAAUCUGCGUCUAUGUCCCUCCGAAAGCUAUGCCGGACACUGCAUGUGACGUCAUUCACGCAACUGUUGCGAGGCUGCAAACGCAGCAUACAGAGGCUUUCUUCGCCAUCACGGGGGAUUUUAACCACGUCACCCUUAACUCCACCCUCACCAACUUUCAUCAGUUUGUUGAUUGUGCAACAAGGAAAAAUAAAACCAUUGACCUCCUGUAUGCAAACGUGAAGGAUGCAUAUAGUGCCACCCCCCUUCCUCCACUGGGUUUCUCUGACCACAAUUUGAUACAUCUACAGCCUCUGUACAUCCCAAAAGUACAAAGGCUCCCAGUUACCACACACACUUUUAGAGUAUGGUCACCAGAAACUGAGGAGGCACUAAGGGACUGCUUUGAAACCACUGACUGGAGUCUAUUGCAGGGCAGUGAUGACCUGGAGGAGGCCACAGCAUGUACUACUGACUACAUAAACUUCUGCAUGGACAUUGUUGUACCAACAAAGACUAUUCGCUGCUACCCCAACAACAAACCCUGGGUAACCAGAGAUGUCAAGCAACUCCUCAAUAGGAAAAAGAAGCUUUUUAAAGAAAACAACUUGACAGAGCUGAGGAGUGUGCAGCGAGAGCUCAAAAGCAGAAUGAAGGAGGCCAAGGUGGCAUAUGGGAAGAAGGUGGAAAUGAAAAUGAAGGACAAUGCUAAAGAGGCAUGGCAGGGGAUAAAAAAGAUCACUGGGUGUGGAAAGAAGAGAGGUAUGGCAGAAGGCGACCUGUCAAUGUGCAAUGACUUAAACCAUUUUUACAACCGGUUUGGAAACUCUGACACAGAGGGCAGCAUUUCCCUUGUCACCUCUAUCCCUACACCCCCCCAGCCCACACUUGACAACCACUCUUUAGCAGGCUCCCAUCUCCCCCACUCACAACCCCCCAUUCCCAAGGACAAAGGAGAAGUGGCAGAGUGGCAGAACAACACACAACAGUUGAGUUGA